AUGUCGAAAACGGAAGGUUUUCUGAUUCUCGAAACUCGGAAUGCUGCCGCCGGCGGUGGUGCAGAUGAAGCAGCUAGACAAUACCCACAAAAUAUGGCGAGGCGGAAACUGGCUGACAUUAGCAAUUUACCGCAGAAAUCGAAGCCAUCGGUUCAAGAUGAUAAGUCGAAAUCUAUUCCAGUAACUGCUAAAGCAUAUAUUGAACAGCUCCAGAAGGAAAAUAUGGCUUUAGGGAAGAUGUUGGCACAGAGAAAUAAAAUCAUCGAACAUAGUGGAAUUGAACUUGAGAGAUUGAGGUCCAUUCUGAUUCAAGUGCAGGAACAGAAUCAGCAGCUAGCUCUGUCACAUACCCAAAUGCUUAGGGAACUGAAUUUAGGUAAAGAUCGGUUGAAAGCAUUACAACAUGAGCUUGGAUGCAAAAAUGGACUGCUUAAAGCAAGAAAACUGGAAGGGGGAGAGGCCUGUAAGAUACCAGGCCGAAGUGCAGAUGCUGAGGUGAAUUUGGUUAAGCUGCCAAAGGAAGGGGAGACUUUAUCUGUAUGUAAAGAUAAUGGAAAGCCUCACAAUAACAAAAGAUCACGGUUGCAGAGUUCUGGCUCUUCUGAACCAUUGCAGUCUGAGGACAGUAAUGGAAAUAGAAGGCCUUCUGUGAGGAGACAAUCCGCGAGGUUUAAGGCUGCCGAGUCAAAAUCUGUCGAUCAUCGGUCAGAAAGAGAUGACUCCAAAUUUUCUGAAUGUCCUUUGCCUCAAGAACCAGUUGUGGAAAAUGGAUUGAUUUCUGGAAGCACAUCAGUUGAAGAAGACAAUAACCAUGUAAAGGUGGAUUUGAUCAAGUUGCCAGAGGAAGGAGAACCUUCACAUGUAGGUAGAGAUGCAGAACAGCCACGUAAUGUGAAAAGAAGAUUAAGGUCGCAGAGUUUAGGCUCUUUCGAGUCAUUGCAACCUGAGGAGAAUGCUGGAAAUAGAAGGGUGUCUGUGAGGAGACAAUCCGCCAGGUUUAAGGCCUUAGAGCAAAAAACUGUGGGGGAUGAAUCAGAAAAACACAAUAUAAAGUUUCUCGAACAAGCGUUGCCUGAUGAAAAGUCAGUCCUUGAAAAUGGAUCAACUUCUAAAAGUGGAUCGGCUACAGAUGGAGAUAACAGAGGCAGUUCUGGUUUCGAGUAUAAUCCUCCAGAAAUCGGGAGAUCAUCUCUAAGCAGGCCAUCUCGUUUGGCGGCCAAAAAAGUUCAGUCUUACAAAGAAAUACCUUUAAACAUAAAAAUGCGUAGAGAGUGA